AUGGUUUCUUCAUCACCCGUCACGAUAGCCAUCAUAGGCUUUUCUGGUGGCAUUGGCAAAAGACAUACCUCCGUUGCCCUCGCCAACCCAGAAGUGAAGCUGGUCGCGCUGGUCGACCCCUCUCCGGCCGCCGGUCCGAUUGCGGAGUCGCACUCUGUCCCUUAUUUCCGGUCCGUCCGGGAGCUCCUCUCUUCCACCACAGUGGCAAAGCCAAUGGGUGCCAUUGUCUGCACGCCGAAUCACACCCACGUCCCCGUGGCCAAGGAGCUUGCCACUGCCGGGAUCCAUCUCCUCAUCGAGAAGCCCGUGAGCAUUUCCGGCGCUGAAGGACAGGAGCUGCUGCAAUGCCUGAAGGAGAACGGCGUCCGGGCGCUAGUGGGGCACCAGCGCAGGUUCAACGAACAUGUGGUCGCAGCGAAGAGGGUCAUCGACGAAGGGAGGCUGGGGGAUGUCACUGCUGUGUCGGCCUUGUGGACAUUGUACAAAUCGCUGGCGUACUUCAACGGCGGACCGAACAUCUCCUGGAGGAGUAGCCGCAAGAAUGGAGGCGGCGUCGUGCUGAUGAACUUGAUCCACGAGAUUGACAUGCUGCAGUACUUUCUCGGGCCCAUCACCAGGGUGCACGCAGAGAAGACUAUUUCGCGGAGGACAACGGUCGAUGUGGGUGUCGAGGAGGACGAUCGUGCCGAGGAGGGUGCUGCGCUCACGCUGCGCUUCAAAUCUGGAGUCGUUGGGACCUUUCUGGUUUCUGACUGCGUCGUGAGCCCUCAUAACUACGAAGUGAGUGUCGGAGAUAACCCUCACACACUCUCGAAUCUCAAAGAUGAGAAGAUCGAUGUCUACCGCAUCUUCGGGACAGAUGCCUCGUUGAGCGUGCCAGACAUGGUCCUAUGGUCGCAUGUCCCCGGUGCCGGGAAGGGGAGGCAGGUUCCGUUACAGAAGGAAACUAUUCCUGUGGGAAAUGAUCUGAGGGACUCAUUCACUCGCCAGCUGGAGCACUUCGUCCACGUCAUUCGUGGGGAGGCUGAGUCUAACUGUCCCCCAGAGGAAGGACUGAGGGCUGCUCUUGUGUGCGAAACGAUAAUACGGGCAUUGGAUAGCCCGAGUGGUACUUUAGAUGUACCGGAUAUCUCAUAG